AUGAAUGUGACAUCGCUGAUAGGGCACCAGCCGCCAGUGACGCGAUGUCUAAUUCUGACGUCCGUGCUGUUGAUGGUGCUCUGCUCCCUGGACGUGAUCUCGCCCUUCACUUUGUACCUCAACUGGCAGCUCAUCAUCUACGAGCUUCAGCUCUGGAGGCUCGUGACCUGCUUCCUCUUCUUUGGCAACUUUAGCCUGCAAUUCUGCUGGAACACGUACGUGCUGGUCUUCUACUGUUCCUCCCUUGAAGAGAUUGCCUUCCAUCGGAAGUCGGCGGACUUCUUGUGGAUGCUGGUGUGUGGCGCAGGCAUGCUCCUGGUCCUCACGUACUUCUUCGGGAACACGUACUUUGUCAGCGGGGCCAUGAUUGACCUCAUGACCUACAUCUGGGGUCGGCGGAACUCAGCUGCCAGAAUGCAGGUGUUCUUCUUCAACUUCCGAGCGCCCUACCUGCCUUGGGUGCUGGCGUGGAUUUCGCUGCUAAUGGGCGGGAGCGUUCAGGACCACCUCAUGGGUAUCGCUGUGGGGCACACGUACUACUUCUUCGAGGACGUCUACCCACUCCUCCCGACGUCCAAAGGCUUCAAGGUCUUCCGAACGCCCCGCCUGCUGAAGCUCGUCUGCAACCAGUCUGACUAG